CGAGCUUCCUGAUCAAGCGUAACAAGCAGACGUACAGCACCGAGCCCAACAACCUCAAGGCCCGGAACUCAUUCCGCUACAAUGGACUGAUCCACCGCAAGACGGUGGGCAUCGAGCCGGCGGCCGACGGCAAAGGCAUCGUGGUGGUGCUGAAGCGGAGGGCAGGUCAGAGGAAACCUGCCACCUCCUAUGUGAGGACCACCAUCAACAAAAAUGCCCGGGCCACGCUCAACAGUGUCCGCCACAUCAUCCGCAAGAACAAGUACCGGAAAGAUCUCCGUAUGGCUGCCCUCCGCCGAGCCAGCGCCAUCCUGCGGAGCCAGAAGCCUGUGGUGGUGAAGAAGAAACGCACCCGCCCCCCCAAGAGCACCUAAGAUGCCCCCUCUGCCUGUGGCUAAUAAAGUCAGACUGCCUGA